AUGGAUCAUCCUAAUAUAACUUACGCUAACUUGACUGCGAACGGGACUGCAUUAGUCCUUAUUCCACCUCCAGAACUCGCUCAAAGAUUGAACCAGUUUCGUCUUGUUCAUGACAAAUCGGCACCGCGUUGGACAGCGCACAUCACUCUACACUUUUCUUUUGUCGAAGUGCCUCAUUUUACAGAAGUAGUCGAUGCCAUUGAAAAAGAAAUCUCACAACUUGAACCAUUUUCCCUCAAGUUUGACGGUGUCGGGCAUUUUGCCCUUCAAGGAUACGAGACCGUGCAUCUCAGCGUCUCUGACGACGCGAACAUCCGACAACUAUGGGCUGUCGUUGCGAAGGCCUUGAACUACACAGGCCGACCUUUGACACCCCAUUUGACUAUUGGCCAGGCGCCGCAUAAUGAUCCAGCAGCUUUAUCUUUUCUUCACCGCAAAGCUCAAAAGAUCUUGGAAUCCGUCAGCUCGUUUGAAUGGCCCGUCCGAAGCGUCUUAUUCUUGAAGAAGGAUGAGAAUGACGGAGGCACUAUGAAACGCUGCCAUGAGCUCUAUAUUGCUAGAGAAUCGCGAUCUAGCUAUGUGCUCCCGCCGUGGUUUCCGACCGUUCACCAUGACAAUACCUCUUGGAAAUUCUGUGAUCAGUCGAUGGAUAAGGGAGUGCUGCCUUCCACGCUCUCAAUCGCCACUUACAACAUCCUCCAUGACGAUCGCUUCCCUAUUCCAAAUCGCUUGCCCUAUAUCAUACAAGCGAUUCUUUCUUCCAAUGCAGAUAUCAUAUGCCUCCAGGAAGUCACAGAUGAAUCUCUUCCCGUCAUCCUUUCCUCGACAUCCAUUCAUUCUCGCUUCAAAUAUUCCAGCCGUCAUCCCGACGUUAUCCUGGAAAAUGAACGAAAUAUCCUCAUACUUUCCCGAUAUCCCUUUUCUUGGUAUAAACUCGACAUCGGCGGCAAACACAAGCCCGCGUUCAUUGCGACUUUCAUCAACCCUUUUGGGUGGAAGAAUUCAAAGUUUGUACUGGCCGCCACGCAUUUAAGUCGAGCUAGUCCUUACAUGGAGCAGAAAACUGCGGAGAUGGAGGCUUUGAUAAAACAUCUACAUGGCACUCAUCUUGAUGCAGACUGGGUCAUCGCCGGUGAUAUAAACUGGCCUGAAAAUUUUGGUGCUACCCCUGCUGAGGAAUUGUUUGAAGAUUGUGGUCUCGUCAUCCCUAAUGGACCCUCCUUUGAUCCUUCGACUAAUCCACUAGCAGCUGCGACUAUGCAGACGAGCCCCCAUUCACAGCGGUACGAUAGGGUUUACGUUAAGAGAAUCGGGGGAUGGGCCCUCCAGAACACACAAUUAUUCGGGAAUGGGGACAGUCCGCCCAGCGAUCAUUAUGGUUUGUCAGUGGGUUUUCAGUGUCGCGUCGUUCCCACAAAGAUCGCUGUAGAAUCCGAUGUGGGGCUGGGAGCUGAGUCACAUCCCAUAACACUUCUGUCUCCUACUGGCAAGUUGACUACAACAGAGCUGGUCGAACUUACCCGAGCACAGUCCUGGCUACCUUCCGCCGAACAGGAACGAAAAAUGUCUAUUGUGAUUGAGACGCUACGUUCCUUUAUCUGUCCCUCAUCUGAGUUUCCUACAACCAGCACUGGUCAUGUCCAGAUUCGGAUUGAAUGUGUUGGAAGCUAUGCUUUGGGCGUCCAUACAUCUGCUUCCGAUGUUGACUGUUUGGCCGUUGGUAAUGUCUCCUCGUCGACUUUUUGGGCCCUGAUGAAGCAUAAAUUACGACGGAAUGCCAAAGCGUUGGAGAAUGGGUAUGGUUUGGACGUCAGGCUAAGGAGAUUUGUGAAGGAUGCUGUUGUGCAGAUGAUGAAUCUUGAGGUUGAAGGGACAAAGGUUGACUUGCAAUAUUGCCCUGCGAGGGGCUUAGUGGGAGAAGAGUGGGGAAACAUCCAGUCUCUUCCUUCAGACUCCCCAUUAUUUCUCCUCCCCCAUUCAAAGACGUUCUCACCAUACUCAAAUUCCUUCAACCCCCCCUCUCUCCUCUCCGCAUUCCGUACCGCCCACCGCGCCAUUAAAUUGUAUCUUGUCGCUCAGGGUCUUUUCGGUUCGCGCUUUGGUUUCCUGGGAGGCUUUCAUCUCACAAUCUUACUGAGUCGUGUUACACUAACCCUGGUUUCCUCCGGUGGUUCAGAGGAGCUGGAGUCGCAUCAUCUCGUGCGUCAAUUUUUUCUCACAUAUCGCCAUUGGAAUUGGGAGCGGGACGCAGUGUCCGCUAUACCUUACCGGGAAUUGGGUCCCGCCACUGGGGUAAGCCGCCGUUCAUCGACGAAGGCCGCUAUGGUCGUCCUUUCUAUUGAGCGUCCGACAUCUAAUUUAACGUCCAAUGCAAGUCGAAAUUCAGUGGAUGUCAUGCGGAGGGCGUUUGAGAAGGCGGAUAAGAUGUUGGAAGAAUGUCGAAAUUGGGUGGAAGUGUGUGGGUUAGAACCAGAAGGGGAAGCACCGUAUCAAGUUUUCCUCAAGCAGCAUAAGGUGUUCAUUAAACUGGACAUACAUUUCUGGGGAGGAAGUAAUCUGAAAGGGAGAGCAAUCAUUGGAUGGCUGGAGAGUCGGAUCGUCAGUCUUCUGGUGCACCUAUACACAGCGGUCCCAAGUAUCAGUGUUCGCUUUUGGCCGGUGCGCUUUGCGGACACUGAAACAAUCGAUUCAACGGACGAUGCGCGCAAUCUCCAUGGGUUUUAUCUAUUCGGUCUUUCUCCCUUUUCUUCCGCGUCACCCUCAAAGUUGCAGGAAAUAGAGCUCGCAGCUCUCACUCAGUGUAUCCGUUCUUUCGAGGCUGAUUUGCAAAGCAACGUCAAAUACUACGAUUCUCAAACAACGUUCAUUUCAUUGGGGAUCAUGACGCAGAAAUCGUUGAAAAAGGAAACCGGUUUGACGAAUAUCAUCCCGGAUUCGUUUACUUGGUCGGACAACGGCUUCGAUCCUGUGGACGACGAUGAAGAGAAUAUUGAAGAAAAGGAUGACGAAUUUGACAUUCCUGGUCCUGAACAAUCAAUGAUAUCUGCCUCGCAGCGCAAGAAAGCCUUAGCAGCCUCCACAAGAAACAAGGCUACGUUGUAUACCCCAACUCCAGGCAAACUACGAACGAGUGCAGACGUGAUGAAUAGGCUAUUGUGGGACCCCGUUUUGGGGAAGAAAGAAUAUAUUGUUGGGUAUGAAGAUCGGUUUUUGGGUAUUCAGGAGCUAAAGUUGAGAGACUGGGUGAUGAAGGAGGUCGAACAUGAAUCAUUUAUCCCUCAGCAUCGAAUCGUGUAUUUCAAGCACCUCACAAACGGAGAAAUAGUUUGGGAUAAGAGGAAAAAGAUUGAUAUGGUGUUUGGAAGCGGGUUGGGUUCAGGAUGAAUCAGUCCGAUGUUGUUUUUAGAAGCGCUUGGUUAUAUGAAGCAACUGAAGGAAAAGACAAGGCGAUCUGA